UUAUUUAGGUUUGUGCCAAGUAAACAUGCCAUCAUUGUUAAUCCAAAAAAAUUUCAAACUUAAAUAUAUCCCUCACUAUCUUCCUCGCAUAUGUAAAGCAAUAAAAGAACUAAGCUAAAGCUUACUGGUCUAAGAAAUUAUCUCCAACCAAUUAAUCACUUCACAAAACCAUGUCUUCACAAAUGAAGAAAAAAACAUCAAUCCACCACAACUCUCCCAAAACUCCUUACAACACCAAUCAUGAAUAUGAUGAUACAACAGACCAUUCUCUACAUACUCAACUUUGUAACAACCCAUGUUGUUUCUUCUGCAUAAUGAAAGAACAAAAUCCAUCUCUAAGAAGAUCAAAAAUAUCAACAUGCUUCAAAGAAAUGCCUCAAAGAGACAAUCAAGAACAUGUCUUAGUCCUCAGUGGACUAUGGAACAUAGCCAUGACUCAACCCAACAAUCCAGAGUUUCCUUCUCUUGGUAUAUUCAACUGCUUGGCAAAUCUAAUAACCAAAGGUACAAAAAACAAAACUUGGCUUCACACAAAUCAAAAUAUAUACAUACCUUAUUAUGCUGCUCAUAUUAUUGGCUCUUAUACAAUGAACAAAGAAGAGUUUGCACAAAUAGCCGUUAAAUCGGGUGUUAUACCACCAUUGUUAGAACUUCUGAGAGGUAAAAUAAGUUGGGUUGAACAAAGAGUUGCUGUUAGAGCACUUGGUCAUUUAGCUAGUUACAAUAGUACUUAUGAAUCAGUGGUAGAGUAUGAAACAGAGUUGGUGAAAUUAACAAUGAAUUUAGCUUCAACUUGCUUAGAAAAAAUCUAUGUUGAAUUUAUAUCAGUUAAGAGAAGAGUUGAGUAUCAUAGAAACUUGCUUACCAGAGGUUUAGGUGAUUUAGAGAUGGAGAAUCGAAAAGCCGAAGAAUGGACUAGUCAACUUCAAUGUUGGUCUAUUUAUCUUCUUAACUGUUUUGCUUGUAAAGAUUAUAAUAACUCUUUGAAUCUCAUUUGCAAAAAAGUGUUUUUGAAUGAUUUGUGUGAUAUGUGGGGUGGAUUGAUGAAUCACACUUCACCAUGUGGGUUUGGACUCAUUAGAAUCAUUUGUUACAAUAAUAUUGGAAGGAAAAAAAUUGCUAAGUUACCAAAAGUUGUGGAAACUCUUUGUAACCUCUCAAGAUCAUGUGAUGAUUGGCAAUAUCUUGGUAUAGAUUGUCUUUUAUUGCUUCUCAAGGAUCAAAAUACAAGGUACAAAGUUAUUAAUAUUGAUAAUGUUGAUGUUGUUUCAUGUCUUGUUGAUUUGAUUGAACUUAGAAGCCUUGGAGAUAAAUCAAAUGUUGGUGACACAAUCACAAAGGUGCUAGUGUCACUUCUUGAAGAUAAUGACAAUGAUUGUAAAUUGAAAUUCUCGACGAAUCUUAUUUCGUUGAAUUUGAAGUUGGUUAGGAGGAAUAAGGAGAAACUAAUGUCAGAGGUAAAAUUGGAAGAAAAAAUGGUUACUGCGAAAUUAUUUAAGCAAGAAGCUAAUCAUAUGUUUAGUUUGGGAAGAGUAGAAGAAGCUUUAUUGAAAUAUUGUGAAGCACUUGAUAUUUGUCCAUUGAAGUUUAGAAAUGAAAGAAUGGUGAUUUAUAGUAACAAAGCUCAGUGUAAUCUUUUGCUUAAAAAAACUGAUUUAGCUAUAAGUGAUUCUACACGUGCUCUUUGUCUCUCUAAUCCAACAAAUUCACAUGGUAAAAGUCUUUGGAGAAGGUCACAAGCUUAUGAUAUGAAAGGAAUGGCAAAAGAGAGUCUUAUGGAUUGUAUAAUGUUUAUGAAUGGUUUUGUUAAGUCAAAUGAGAAUAAGAAUGUUAAGGUUUCAUAUCAUGUUGCUAGAAUGUUCUGCAAACAAAUGGAUGCCACGUGGCUAUUUGGUACUGCUUGUUCAAAGUCAAAGGUGAUACACAACGUUAAUGUUCCACUUGUGGAAAACACUUGUGAGAUUGAAAGGGAGCAUGAGAUUGAGAAUGAGGGUAACUAUGAAGACCAACCUUGUGAUCAAAAGACAAGUUUCAUGCCAGGUUUGUCUACCAUUAUUGAAGAACCUUUUCACGCUAAAGAAUCUAGUAGAAGAAAGAUGGAAAGAGCAAGAAGGAGAUUAAAGAAAGCUGUUGUAGAUUAAUUGAUUAAUGUAAGUUUUAUUAAACUAAAUUGGCUUGUUGCUUGUGGAUGAAGGGAAUCUUAUGUGCCAACUCGUAAAUUUGGACACUAGCUAGGUUAGAAGUACUUAAUUAGAAAUAUAUCUUGUGUCGGUACUUAUUAUUA